CUACAACUUAGUCACCCUCAUGAAAGAAGGCAAUACAACUAAGAACGAUCCGACUAUGACAGCGUUCGAAGUAAAGAAGGUGAGGCCAAAUUACUUCAGUGUCAGUUUGGCGAUAGCAUUGAAUCGGGUAACAGUACUAUUCGUACUGUUAAAUUUUUUGUAAUUUAACUAGUUUUCCAAAGCAAAUACCUAAGCUUUCUUUAAUUGCAAAACUUUUGUAAUUCAUAUUUGUGAACGAAAAUAUGCAUACUUAAAUGUACACACCUACAUACGUAUAUAUGAAUGGAUAUGUGAGAAAACUCGUAUUAAUUGUAGUUGUUAAAUACUUUACAUGAAACUUGCGGAAAGUUGUAUGAAACAUGAAUAUUUAAAAUAAUUCCUUCUGAAAAAAUAAAUAUGUGAAUAUUAAACGUCUUCAAUUAAACUAAAAUAAUUGAAUAUAUCUGAAUAUUUUUGAAAAUUUUGUAAUUAAAUGGUAAUUCAUGGUUGUGCAUGGAAAGUUGCAUUGAAGUUAUGACAUACUUGUAGUAUGGAAUACCUGAAAUUUGAAAAAACUCGAGGUAUUAGUUUUAUCAAGUGCAAAUAAUUUGAAAGUAAUCAAUAAGCUUAAAGCAUUGACAACUUUAAAAAGUGAGAGUUUGUUUUAUGUUGCAAUCCUUUCUACAGUAUAGUCACAGUUACUAAAAAAAACAUAUAAACCAAAACCACCUAAAAGUUAUUUAUAAUAAUGGAUUUAUCUGCAGCGCUUUACUUAUGCUUAAUAGCAUUAUGCACAUCAACGGGAAGUAAACCGAAACCAGGUCGAGGAAAAGGAUCCAUGUGGUGGGGUAUAGCUAAAGUGGGGGAACCAAAUAAUAUAUCACCACUUAGCUCAGGUAUUAUGUAUAUGGAUCCCGCCAUUCAUUCCACACUACGACGAAAACAACGACGCUUAGUUCGUGAUAAUCCUGGCGUAUUGGGUGCACUAGUGAAAGGAGCCAACCUUGCUAUAAGUGAAUGUCAGCAUCAAUUUCGAAAUCGGCGUUGGAACUGUUCAACAAGAAAUUUUCUGCGCGGCAAAAAUUUGUUCGGCAAAAUUGUCGAUAGAGGCUGUCGUGAGACUGGCUUUAUUUAUGCCAUCACCAGUGCCGCUGUCACACAUUCGAUUGCGCGCGCCUGCAGCGAGGGCUCCAUUGAAUCGUGCACCUGUGAUUAUAGCCAUCAGUCGCGAUCGCCGCAAGCGAGCCACCAAACAGGCAGCGUAGCGGGUGUUCGCGACUGGGAAUGGGGAGGGUGCUCGGACAAUAUCGGAUUUGGUUUUAAAUUCUCACGUGAUUUCGUAGACACUGGUGAACGUGGUCGCAAUUUGAGAGAAAAAAUGAACUUACAUAAUAACGAAGCUGGCCGCAGUCAUGUACAAACGGAAAUGCGUCAGGAAUGUAAAUGCCACGGUAUGUCCGGCUCCUGUACCGUAAAGACUUGCUGGAUGCGGCUGGCUAAUUUUCGCGUAAUAGGUGAUAAUCUUAAGGAUCGUUUUGAUGGUGCAUCCCGCGUAAUGGUCAGUAAUAGCCUAAGACAAAAUAGGAAUUUAGUACCAAGUAAUUCUGCAAAUUCAAAUGUCAUUGGAAUGUCUAGUACGGCUCUAAGCCCUAAUGCAGCUAGCCCGAAUGCUUUCAGCGCAGAUCGAAUGAUGAAUGAUCAUAUACUAGACCAUUUAAUAAAUUCACAUCCAAAUAAACCACCUUUAAAUACCGUUAAUAGCUUGUCCCGAAAUUCGGUGCGGAGCCGUGGACGUCAAGGGAAAAAGAACAAUAGAUACAACUUUCAGUUGAAACCGCAGAAUCCAGAACAUAAGCCACCUGGCCUCAAAGAUAUUGUUUACCUGGAACAGUCACCAAGCUUCUGCGAGAAAAAUUUGCGCUUAGGUAUUCAAGGAACACAUGGGCGUCAAUGCAAUGAUACAUCAAUCGGCGUUGAUGGCUGUGACUUGAUGUGUUGCGGUCGCGGCUAUCGUACACAAGUCAUCGACGUCAUCGAACGUUGCGCAUGUACAUUUCACUGGUGCUGUGAAGUCAAGUGUAAAACGUGUCGAAUAAAAAAAACAAUACAUACGUGUUUAUAAGUAGUGAUGAAUAUUUUUUAAAUCUCCGCCCGAUACCCUCUGAAGGCAGCUAGAACUAAAAUUUUUCAAAGGAAAUGUAUAUAAGCUUUAAAAAGUAAAUAAAACGGUUAUGCACUCUGCCUCAAAUCAUUAACAACCGUUGCCCUCCAACAGAAUAAAGUGUACAGAGGAUUUUUGUAUGACAGGGUUACCAAGUGCGCCGGUAAAAAUAUCAAUAGAACAAAAAUAACUAACGAAAAGGAAAUAAAGGGUGGGGUUUGAAGAUAUGCGGUGCCUUUGUUACACCCUGUUUAUUUUUUUAAUUUAUUUUUUACAAUCAACAGGUUGUUCGCUAUAUUAAAGGACACUACAUUAAGUGAGUUGUCAAUUAAUUCCAACGAAUAUAUAUAUAUCAGAAUUUCUUUAAAGUUGAUACACAUAUAUGUGUAAUUAUAUAUAUAUACAUACAUAUAUACUUAAAGACAACCAGCUGGGCACUGAAACUAAAAAUAGGCAUAAAUACUUGUAUAUGUAUACAUAUGUAUAAUCUGUUUUUAUACGGUAUAUUGGUUCCAGAAAAACACGUUAAAAGACGUUGAUUGUAUGCAAAAAUAGGUGAUUGGUUCCUUAUCUUUAAGGGGGUAUUUUGGUUUAGAAGCCCGAAUUUUAGGCUCUUUCUCGGACCUGACUAAAAAAAACAAGAAAUAUUUUUACCAUACAUUUUUUAAUUGAUGUUUAUAGCGUACAAAUAAAUUCUAAUAUUAAAAAAAAAAACAAUUUCAAUAAAAUUCCAGGCCGGCAAAGUGGGGACUGAUGAAAAAAUGGCGUAUCCUGGUGUGCAGGAUAUUAGAACUCCCAGUAACUCUAAAUGGAAAUUGUUGAGUGAUCCUUAAAGAUCCUUUUUCACAAAAUGGCGGCUGUUUGAAAACUAUGUUUGGGUAUUUCCCUAUUUUUUGCAGUUCGGAAUUUUUUAAAAAUGUAAAAGAGAAUUUUUAAAAAAAUUCUCUCGUAGUGCGAUACUAUAAUGUAUAAAGAAGCUCUGCCGCGUCGAGUUGCCAGUCGAUUUGGUCGGCGCAUCACAAAAUGAGCUGUAACUCCGAAAAUAAUUGAAAUUAAAUCGAUAUUUUUGAAUUUCUAAACCAGAAUACCCCCUUGAAACCUGUUAAAAUUCGUGAAAAACAAGGUUUAUAUAAAACAGCUAUGAUGUUAAAAAAAAGAAUAGGUUUUUAAAUUUUUAAUAUAAGAAAAAAUUAAAAAAAAAAAUUAAAAUUAUAAUAAUAAAUACAGGAACAAUUUUUAAUUGCUGACAUCAUCAGUUACUCGCAGUGCUUGUAAACUUUUUGUGGAUAUAAAAAGGGAAUUCCCCUAAAUUUACGCUUUUUACAAUUGAUCUGACCAGUAAACUUGCUUGUAUCCCCAAAAAGGGAAUUCCUGUAAAUUUUAAAAAAUUUUGAAACGUGCUAAUGGAAUUAGCGUGCCUAAUGGAAUAAUCGUCUAAAAAAUUAAAAAAAAAAAAAAUUAUUUACAAACCGUUUGAAAUCAAAACCGUGUAAAAACAGAAUUAGGUGUAUAUAUGUGGGGACCAACGAAAAUUUCACCGCGUAAACAUACUUUAAGUUUAGAAGAUGCUAAAUAUAAGUGCAUUUUUUGUAAGUUGGCUUUAAACCUACCCAUUAAAGCGUAUUUGAACGCUGUUUACAGUAUUAUAUCAGUUGAAUUCAUAAUCACUAAGUAGAAGAUAUACUUUUUUAAGAAAAAGAAAUAAACAUUUUCCAGUUUAUUAUUUGAUAAGGUGUGAGUACUUGUGUACGAAUGUAUAUGUGAAUAUUGCCUUGUGCCUUGCAUUGGAUCUAACCGAAGACUGAGAUUUUGUAGCUUGCAUAUUACUUUUGUCCUUUAAUUGCAAUUUAUUGUCAUAUAUGCUUUUUCUUAUAUUGUUGUAUGCGUAUCUGUACAUACAUAUGUACAUAAACAUUAGAGUGGGUCAAAGAAAAAUAAUAUUUUUUUUUCGCUUGGUACUCCGAAAAAUUGGUUGGUAGACACCUCUAUGAAAAGUUCUUUAAGUAUCAGCUCUUAAUUGUAACGGGAAGGGCCUCCGCUUUAUCACUAUCUAUUUUUUUAUGAUUGAAUGGAUUUGGUAGGAAAUUGCAUGCUUCACUAAAUGGUUUCUUAAGUUUUUUUCGUAAACCUAACAAUUUAAAAAAUAUUAACUUUUAAAGUUUAACUAUUUUAAAGAAAAUUUGUAUGUUUCUUUAGAAUUGUAUAACUCAAUGAAAAAUCAGCAUUUUAAAUUGUAAAGUAAAAUUGUUUCUUUUUUCUCUUUUUAUGGUUUGGACCUAGAGGUGUCUACUAACCAAUUUUACCAAGCGAAAAUAAAUAUACUUUUUUUUAUCCACCUUAAUAUACAUGUACCACAUAUAUUCAUGCUGUACGAUUUUUUAAACUUACUAAAAGCCUUGACAUAAUUUGUACCAGUUAUUCAGUAUAAGAUAGGUUUUAACCGAUGAUGAUUUGGGAGUUAAUUAGUUUGUUGUUUAAUAAACAUAAAAAAAAAUAAUGUUCAAACCACCAUGAGACUGUUUUAGGAAAUAUUUUUUUCUACAUACUUGAUAAAGCUGUUCUGAAACCCAUUAAAAAUUGAUUCAGGAGCCAUAUACGAAAAAUAUAUAAAAGAAAAGUUAAUUAGUAAACAAUUAUAAUUUUAGUAUUUAAAAACAAAAAGUAUUAAAAAUAAUUGAUCUACGAGGAAAAAUAUAAUUUUAUUCUCAUUUAAAUUCAAUAUACAUACAUUUCAUAGUAAAAUUAUUUUGAUUUUGACGUUUAAGAUAAAAUCUCAGGAGGUUAAAAGAAAAUAUUGAAACGGAGUUAAAAUUUAUUUCGUGCAUUUACAUUUUGAAGAUUUUAUUGAAGGCUGAACAAGUCGUUCACAUUUAAUAUGUUUCAUUAUGUAUUUUAACAUUAACAUGAUUCAUUUUUAUUAUAAAAAUUGUUGGUUUAGUCAGUGCAUAUAUCAAUAAUAUCAAUGAUAAAAUUACCUCUUGUUGAAUAGAAGAUAUUCGAAAAUAUUUUGAUAAUAUCCUCCCAAUGUAUUUAUAGGCGUAAAACAUGGUACCAACGAAACAUUUUCAAAAAUCAUACACCUACAUAUUAUAUAAGUUCCUCAACAAAUUAUUUUAGCUCGACAAGCAAAAAACGUAAUUAAAUCUCUAUCAUCAUUUUGUUUAUAAACGCUUUCUCAGUAUGCAUGUUGUUUAGUAAAUAGUUUGUAUAAAAUAGAAAUAUGUAAUUUUAUAUGUAAAUAUAUUUAUGAAUUACAUAUGUAAGUGACUUUGUAUUCCUUCAGCACAAAAUCUGUUUAAAUACGUUUUUAGUGCAAAUUAUUUAAUAUUUUGUUAGCUAAGCCAAAUAAAGUCUUGAAUUAAAAUUAAA